ACCAAAUAUCUUGAGAGCACUUCUAUACCUACUGCUCUAUAUACCGUUGGUCCUUCGAGCCGGAGCGAGGGGGCGUGGCGUAGGGCGUAGGGGGCGGGCGCAGUGCACGCGGGCACCGAGCGCCCCCUGCUGACGGGGCUGUGUGUUAGCUAGCAGGCACUCAUGCGUGACGGGGUGAGUAAACGUGGCGGGGUGGCAGGCGAGGGCGCCGGCACGGCCGCGCGCGCGCCGGUCAAGACCUUCCAGGCCUACCUGCCGCCGGCGCACCGCACCUACAGCUGCAUACACUGCCGCGCGCACCUGGCCAGCCACGACGAGCUCAUCUCGAAGUCGUUCCAGGGCAGCCAGGGGCGCGCGUAUCUUUUCAAUUCAGUUGUGAACGUGGGUUGUGGUCCGGCGGAGGAGCGCGUGUUGCUGACGGGACUGCACGCUGUCGCCGACAUCUACUGCGAGUGCUGUAAGACCAUGCUCGGAUGGAAAUAUGAGCACGCAUUUGAGUCGAGUCAGAAAUACAAGGAGGGCAAGUUCAUAAUAGAACUGGCGCACAUGGUGAAGGAGAACGGCUGGGACUAGCCGCCGCGCCGCAGCGCGCAGCGCCCUCGCGCGCCCUCACGCGCCUACACGCGCCAACACGCGCCCACACGCGCCCUCGCGAACGAUACAUAGUAUAUUUUUGUCAAACUAAUGA